AUGUUAUAUAAUUUGGGAGUGGGAGACUCAGAGACUCAGACCGGCUAUAAAAGCUGUUUCGAUGAAGAAGUGCGUCAGUUCGUCUUAAAGACUCACAGAUACAACAACCGCCGACAACAUGAUGGGUCUUCGCACACUCGAGAGUUUUUAUUCCCUUAUACUGUUGUAUCUGUGGCUGGAACUUCAUUCAGUGUGAAGGUAGCAGCCGUGAUGGCGGUGGCGUGCGUCGUGACGGCUGAUCCCGAACCUGUUCCUGGCGGAGGCUAUGGCGGUAGCUUCGGCGGUGGAAGGCCGGGUGGAUUCAGUGGAGGAUUCGGGCGUCCAGGUGGAUUUGGUGGAUCUUCAGGCGGACACAGCGGAUUCGGCGGAGGUUCAUUCGGAGGACACCCAUCCUUCGCGUCCAGUUCUGCUUUUAGUCGCCCAUCCUUCGGACACCAGUCCUUCAGCCGCCCAUCCUACGGCCGCCCAUCCUACGGCUAG